GCCUACUCUUGUUGGCUGGCCUGCCGGCGCCUCUUCUCUACCUGCAGUCAGUGGGCGGUCAUCCCACAGGCAAUAGGAGGUGCUAUACACACAUUGGACUGAGUAUAGCUGAUCUAUUCCCUGCGCAGAUCGAACCAAGGAGAGCUGCAGAGGAGGUUGUGUUCUCAGUGGGAGGCUGCGAGGCUGCGUUGCUUAGCCUCAUCUGCAGCCUCACAUCUCUGAUUGUUGUUGCUUGUUUAGUAUGCUGUUUUGUGCCAACUUUGCCUGUAACUGCAGGCAACAGCUAUGCACAGUUUGGACUGAGUAUGGGUGAUCUAUUCCCCGCGCAGAUUAUGUGGCGGUUCGGUGGGUACAGCGUGGUACUAUGUGGUGAUCAAGUGCCAGUGCAACAUUCAUUUCAGCAGGGCACAUCCUUCUGAAGCACAUGGCGGAACGAUCAAGAAGAAGACUAGGUGAGGCGAAUCCUCCCAUUCCGAAGAAGACUAGGUGAGGUGAAUCCUCCCGUUCCGCAGAAGAGAGGUGAAUUGUCCCGUACCGAGUACCACACGACUAUCCACAACAGUCCCACAGGCACGGGGUGGAGACGAUCCGUUUGGAUUGCGGGUGUGUGUAAGAAGAGCACUGAUGAAUGCUGUGAACAUGGGCAGACCAAGGUCGGACCAGACAUCUUCAUUCAAUAAGAUAGGAGGCACUGGAAAGACCUGCUGAAACUGUGGGAAACCGGCAAAGAAGGAAAAAAGAAACAAAGAAACAAAGAAAGAAGUCUUGAUACCGGCGAAAGAUCAGGGAGGGAGGAGUGAGAUCCGUCAGCUCUGAUAGCCAAAAGCAGAACAGCAGAAGGUGUGGGCAGUGCAUCUGUGAGAGCCCUCCUAAGCCCUCUCCUCUCCUCAAGGAAGGUGAAUCCUCGCGCGGUAUGUAAGCCAAAGGGUGCUGCUUGUUGUGGUGUAUAAAAUUUACAGCGUAUAGUAUUUAUGUCAAGUGUGCUGGAAUUAAGACUCAUGCUGGACAUAUUGCUGAUAACGCUGUAGCAUCUUUUGGGGGGAAAGGAGAGAGAGAGAGAGAGAGAGAGAGAGGUGCAUGCAGUGUCAAGAGCAGGGGUAAACGGGUGGUAGUGGCAAAGUGGGGGAAUAUGGAGGCUCUGGCUGUUCAUCGACUUCCUGGGUUGAUUAGAGUCACGCCACAGUCUGCUAAAUUUCUCCGUAACGGGGGUGCUGAGCGGGAUGGGGAUGUUGACGGAGUGAGAGCAGGAGUGAAGGAGUCCUCUGCUGGUCAUUGUCCAUCUCGUGCUGUGUGGCUGGGGUGCACAUCAGCAUGGAGGGCAGGGACGAACCGGAGGAUGCUCGACAGAGCAUCCGUGCUCCUGGAUGUGAAGGAGAUAAGGAACACUGUCGACGAAUUCCACCACCAUUCCCGGUUUUCUCUCAGUGCAGCUCCUUCUCCCCUUCGAGACUCCUCUGGUUGCCAAAGUGCGAGGCAUCAGUUGCAGACUUGCAGAACUGACACGUGCAUGUCAGUUCCAGUGGCAAAUGAGACUGCGACUGCCACAAAAAUGCACUGUUCGAGGCCCUCUUUUGCUCACGCUUUGACCCUCACUUCGCCCCCCUUCAACCCCUCGCUAACAUUGCCUCGUGUGCCGAGGGUAGGUGGCUUCGUCGGCCGGACGAGGGGUCGGUUCCUGGUGUGUGCCACUGUGACUCCUUCUCAAGAUGAGGAAUCUACCGAAGGAGCGUCCUCCUCCUCCUCCGCAUGGGUAUUGUCAUCGGAAGGGGGAGCAGAUGCGAAAACAACCAAAGGGUCAAACGAUGGUGCCGCUGAGGCUGCCGCCAUCGCCAUGUCUGUGGCAGAAGCUGGAUUGCCUUCCUUGUCUUCUUCCCAGAUGAAUGGCGACAACGGUGAUGCCUUUGGUCAAUCAUCCCGCUUUAUCUUUUUGGCGAUCUGGAUUGGCUUUGUUGGUUAUGCUUUCUUCCUGUCGCCGAAUCAGACCCCUCGUCGAGAUAUGUAUUUCCUUGAGAAACUUCUCCACCUCCACCCAAAUGAUGGUAUGCAACUGAAUGCCAUUUUCGAGGCUGUUUUCAACCUUCUCGGCAUAAUGCCGUGCAUCUACACGCUCCUUCUCAUCCCGUCCGGGCGCUGCGAUGGAAAGAAAAUCCCAGUCUGGCCGUUCCUGACGGCGACUUUCUUCUUGGGUGCUACGACGCUGCUGCCGUACUUUGUUCUGUGGAAGCCGCCGUCAUCGUCGUCUCUGUCGACCAUCCUCCCCGACGAGAAGGAGAAGGAUCGACUGUUCUAUCGGGUUUCCGAGUCUAAACUGGCUCCGUGGCUUCUGCUUGUGGCAGCGCUAGGCAUUACGGGCCUAGGAGUUAGGGAGGGAGGCAAGUGGGUGGUCGAUUACUGGCACAUUUUCCAGGAAAGCAGGUUUGUUCAUGUGAGCUCGAUCGACUUUGUGAUGCUUUACGUCAUGACUCCCUUUUGGGCACUUAACGAUAUGACGAUGCGGAACUGGUCAGGCCACCGUCUUGGCAAGUGCGGGGAGACGGCGCGUGGCAUCGCUGAUGUUGGUGAUGCACGUGACGGGAGGGAGGUGUGGGCAGAACAGCGACAGUUGAUGCGGUCGGGGUGGGAGGAGUCCAUAACUCGAGGGGUGCAGCGAUUGCGUGUUGGGGAAGACGGACAUGACGGCGAGGAAGCAGUGGCGUACGCGCACGACCCCGACUGGAACGACAACGGCACUGAAGGUGGGGAGGACGACGCAGGCUACGUUUCGCCGUCGAAGCAGGCGGCCGCUGUGGGAGGGAGGGGCGGGAAGACGAAGUCGUGUGUGGGCAAUGGUCGUCGGGGCAAAAGGGCGGCGGGCAAGGGUAGCGAUGCCGAAGGUGACAUCGAUGGGGAAGGAGGUCGUCACUUCUGGUCCGUCGACGACAUUAUAGCCCUCAUCCGGGCUAAACGUGAUCAGGAUGCGCAUCUGCAGGGGAUGGGUCACACGUACGCUCGGAACACCCGUGGCGACAUGCGCAGCUUCUCCUUGAAGUAGUCUUCCGUCGCGUCGUCGCAUUGCCGCAGGUCCUCCCACACCCCCCCUGUUCGUCGCUUCAUCCACCACCUGGGCGUCACUCUGGGAAAUGCUCCACACCCCAUGGCGUAGCACACCUGCAAGACGGCGUUGCAAAUGGCACCACUGCCCUCUUCGUCCACAUGCAUGGACUGCAGCGUCUUCUUCCGGCGUGCACGAAUGGCUGCUCUCAUCCUCCCCUCGGUCCUCUGCAAUUGACACCUGAUGAGGAUCAGGUUCACGGUCGCUGCCACAGCGA